UCGGCGACAGUGCGGUGAGGAACGCAGUCCCUCGCCGAGUAGAUCUACUUGGGUUUGCAGGUCAGCUCGCGAUGUACCGGACCGCCGUGGACCCCCUGAUAUUCCUCGAUGGGACGCCGUUCGGCCACUUCCACUCGAUUCUAUUCGGCCUCACUGUGACGUCAUGGUUCCUCAUCGGGUGCAUCACCGAGAUGGUCCCGCUGCUCUACUCGGCCAUGACGACCGAGGCCUGGAUGGGCGGACACGACGGAUUCGGAUGGCUGGUCGGCGCCUCACAGAUCGGCUCACUCAUCGGCAACCUCCUGGGAGGCGUCAUGUCGGAUGUGCAGGGCAGGCGGCCCGUCCUGCUGACCUCUCUCUUGGUCAUCGGCCUGGGCUGCGGCACUCUCGCCACCACCACCGUAUGCAAUGACUACGCCAUGUGUUGCGCCGGCAUUGUGCUGGUGGGUGCGGGCAUGGGGGGCAUCACCGUGACUUACCCGGCCCUGCUCAACGAGUGGCUGCCCGAGUCGCUGCGGCAGAAGUGGGUGCAGCGCUUCCAGAUGGGGUGGAUCGCCGGGGGGCUCACGGCCGUCGUGGUGGCCUUUCUGUCGUUCCCCCAGUGGCGCCUGGCCUUCCGCUUCCUCGUCGUGCCCAGCGUGCUGCUGCUCGUGGGGACCCUGACGCAAGUGCCCGAGUCGCCGAGGUUUCUGCUGAUCAAGAAGAGGGAGAUCGAGGCGCUGGAGAAGAUCAACUUCAUGCGCCGUGUGGACGGCCAUCGACCCAUCCGGUGGCUGGACCUGCAGAGCCACCCCCCGUCGGCCGCCAGCACCCCCACGGGCGGCUCGCCGCGGUCCAUGUCGUCUCUACGCAUCCCCAAACAGAGCCCCUCUUUUGUCGUCGCUCUCGGCCAGGUGUGGGCCAGCCAUCACUACAGGCGGCUGGCUGUGGUGCUCAGCCUCCUGACCUUCCUGCUCUCUGUGGCCAGCACCGGGCUCAAGGUCUGGACGCCCUACAUCGGGCAGGAGAAGGCCGACAAGGCUGGCAGGAUCGCCGCUGACGAGGUGCUCGGCGAGGCUAAUGAGGCUCUCCCUUCUGUCGCUUCUGAUGCCCUUGUCGGAGCCUCUGAAGAGCCCUUCAUCAACGGCAGCAUAGUGGUCAACGACACGUCAGCCACACUGCCUUGGGCGCUCUUCAACGGGACCCUGUUGCCCCACGACAUAUUCCCCGGCGGCCUGCCGGCUGUCCCGUCCGCCAGGCAAGUUCCCAUCCGGCUUGUGCAGCAGCAGAUACAGCCGGACCACCACCACCACCUUGGCAGGCGCAUGAGUGCUGAGAGAGGUGUGUUGGACGAGUUCAGGAUGUAUGACGACUUGGACGGCACUGAGGGGGAGGGCGGUCGGAUCAGCCUGGGGUGGCUGGUGGUGCACGUGACCAACGGGGCGAUGAUCGUGAUGUCGGUCAAGCUGAUGGAGUGGAUCGGGCCGCGCCGCACCCUGCAGCUGGGCCUGUGGGCGUCGGUGCUCUCGUGUGUCGCCAUCCUGCUCCCCGCAUACCAACGGUCAGAAAGAACAACAUAAUGCCGACCGACAUACGUUAGGACGGAUGGAUGGAUGGAGGCAGCUUCCCUAGCUAUGACCCUUCUCUCCUUGCUGUAUCGAUUGCCUUUGUGUGUGUGUGUGUGUGUGUGUGCAGGUGGUGGGUGACGAUAUGCGACACGAUGGUGUUUUGCGCCCAGACGACCGCCUGGGUGCCGCUCACGGCCAUGCAGAUCGAGUCGUUCCCAACCUCUGCCAGAGCUGCAGGUAAGUGGGUGGGGGGGUGCCUACCUGUCUGUCAGUCAGUCAGUCAGUCAUACACAGAUGCGAGGCUGCAGGCCAGGCAAUGCAUCACUUCACGCCCCUCUCCCUCCCUCCCUCCCUCCCUCCCUCCUUCUCUGUCUGUCUGUCUGUCUGCCUGCCUGUCUGGCGUCCGUCUGUCGGUCAUGUCGGUCAUUCAUUCAUUCAUCCUAAUCCAGGUUUGGGUUUGAUGCAGCUGGUCAACUCGAUGGGCAGCUUCCUUGUGGGUCCAAUCGGCAGUCUGACGAUCAGCAUGGCCACCGCCUACGGCCCGCCCCAUUCCGUCCACCCGGCCCUGCUGCCGCCGUGGGCCAUGUCGCCCAGCGUGCUGCUGGUGUCGGGCUUCGGCCUCUGCUACCUGCUCACGUGUGUGUGCUUCUGUUUCAUGCCCGGCAGACAGCGGCCGGGGAGUGGGGCAAAGGGGCAAUGGGACCCUUGAUUGACAUGAAGGGGUGAGUGAACAAAUGGAUGGCCCAUUGAUCUGAUUGAUUGAGGCGAACUGUGCUGUGCUGUGACGGAGAGGGAGGGAGAGAGCUUUGAAAGCUCGGGAGGGGUGCGAGAGGUGGGUAAGCCUUCUUGAGAGUGCCUAUGGUUGCGUGUGUGUGUGUGUAUGUAUGAGUGAGGCAUGAGCUACUAGCAUGGCAGCAGACAGAGGAGGCGACAGGCAGGCAAGUACAUGUCAAUCGCAGCUAACUGCAUGUCAUUAAUUGUGAAUGGAUGUACACUUCGGGGCCAUGCAAUUUCAGACAGACGCAUGGCAGGCACAAAGAGGGAGGGAGGGAGGGAGGGCAUUUUCUGUAUGUGUUAUGCUGUCGGCCUCUGUUGGGCGCGUGUGUGGUUUAGUCCACGGGGCCGACUGAGGGGGAAGGAACUCGUCUGUGUUUUAAUGUUGUUUCGGUCUCUCGGCCAGCCGGUCGAUCGAUUGCAUACGUCCAUAUUAUAUCCCUUAUAUACUGCCAAAUGGGUGCACUGCACGCCACGCACCGGUGUGUCCCUAUCGCACAGCACACGGGGUGGGCAGAGAGAAUAAGUGCGUGAGUGAGUGAGAGUGAGUGACGCUGACAGACAGGCAGCUGGGCAACAAACAGGUCGGCAUUCCAUCGACAGACACACUGUGGCACACGACGUACGUACGUGUAUGUAUCAAUGUCCCUGGACUCAUGGUCCAGGGAGACACGUGUUUGUCUGUCACCUGGUAAGUCGCUGACACUUCAGGCGUCCCGAAGCCGCUGUGGCGAAACCGCCCCGCCUUGCACUCGCUCUUGGACGGCAGGGGCAUAUGGGCGGAUCUGAGUGUAAUCAGUGUGAAGUUGUGCGC